ACGUCUGUGAAAUCAGUGCGAAAUAAUUUAUGCUCGAAAUGCCACGUCCACCGAAAAUAAAAAAAAAUCAUCCACCAAAGUGGCAAAAAGAAUCGCCAGCCAUCUCUGAUAUAUCUUCUUCAGAUCCCGAAAUGGACGAGGAGUAUGCUAAUAAUUUGAUUAGGAAAGCAUCUGAAAAAGGUGAAAAACAGUAUAAGUUGGAGACCCAGAAGAAGGAGCCUUUUUCAAGCCAAGACUAUGUGAAAAGGAAGUCCAAAAAGAAAAAGAAGAAGAAACAGAGGGAUUCUGAGGCGAAGAAGAAAAAGAAAAAAUAUGAGACUGUCGUUAAUACAUCUUUUCCAAGCCCUUAUAACCCGUUUGAAGUUUUUGAAGUCAAGAAACCCGCAGAGACUAACACUUCUUUUUCACCACUUUCAUCCUGUGAGCCAAUUCUAAAGCCGCCCGCCGCAGCUUAUUGCGUUUGUGAUGUCGUUCUCAAUUUCGGAGGAGAGGGGAGUUCCGAGCCAAUGCACGUGGACGCAGGGCCACAACAGAGCUCGUCCAGGUUGAUCAAGCCCGGACGGUUGCCCACCAAAUACAAGGAGAAACCUCUGCCAAAACAUCGAAAGACGUUACCAAAAGGCACUUUUGAAAAGGAGCUGCCAGUGUUGGAGGCAUCGUGGCUAACCGACCGCCAUUUCCAACCCAUAACACCCAUUAAAGAAAACUUCGUUGACCAGUUACCCAUUAAUCUGCCAUCAUCGGAGGACAUUUGGAAUAGUUACAGGGACGUGAAGAACGGUUUGGUGCGGAGCUCAGAGGCAGAGUGGCCCCUGUGUUGCGUGGCAGGCCGGCAGUUCAGUCCUUCACCUCAGAAGAUACUGGAGACCCAGAAGGUCAGGAAAGAGGUUGGACCUGAAGAAAAUACUAUUUCUGAGGACCUUUUCAAUUGGGAAACGCACAAAAAGGUUGAAAAGGAAGCCCAACAGCACCGCAAUUGGCAAGAUGAGGACUUGGCCUUCGAGCACAUGACUAUCGGCGUUGAGGAAGAACGCGCCAUCAAGGAUUGGAUCAAGUCGGAGCUACUCAGUGAACCUUUAAGUGAUAUAGAGGAGUUUGACAUGCUGCUUAGGUUAGCUGGGGAUUAUGCGCAGAAUCGGGACAUCCUGUUUGAGUUAUUAAAGCCCAAAAACAUAGCUGGCAACCAGGUGAAGGAGCCACGAAAAAGGUUUCCUCUUGUUUCGAUCGAUGGAGCACCUCGCAAAGCAGACGCAGCGGAGCCGCAGUCGAAGAAUCCUGUGUCGGAGAAUCUGAAGCCACCAGUCGAGGGAGUUCCAGCGGUGGAAGUACCCAACCCCAAAAAGGGGGCAGCGCCAGCAAAGCAAGUUCCCCCAAAGGAGCUUAGACCAGAACAACCCGUAAUUCUCGAUGUUAAAGAGAUUGUGCCACCGAAGCCCGCGGACGCCAAAGGCGAACUUGAUUGGCUGCAGCAGUGCAGCUGCACUAUUGCCAAGCAACUGGAGCUCAUACUCCAAGAGCCUUAUGGAAGUGACGAGGAAUUAGAAACUAACGAACCGGUAGCCAUUGAUUUCGAGAACGAGAUCAAAAAGGAGCAGAUGAAGCCGCGCACCGCGGGAGCAGGUAGCCAGGAGGCCUCCGCGGAUAACGGAUUCCAGAAGAGCUUCAAGACCCGCCUCGAGGACUUCGAGGACAUCGUUGACCAACACAUGACCCAGUACAGGGACCCGCAGGCCAAGAGACUCCGCUCCAAGUGGACCGAGCGCUACGGCUUGAAGUCGGCGGAUCGCUUGCGGAGGACGCUCGAGCUUGCGCCCUUGCCUGUGCCCCUGGAUCAUUGCCUGCAGAAGAUCCGGAUCCUGAGACGUCCCGCCAAACGCAAGCUCGAGGGGUUGCGCCUGCGCAUCGAGAUGUCCUUCUGCCAAUUGUUCUGCACCCUGCAGCUGAACAAGAAUUUAUCUCUAAAGGACGCGGUGAACAACCUAGAUGACGGGGCUUGGCGCGUCGAGAUAGAUGUGAUCCAAAAGCGAUACGAGGGAAGGCUGGUGUCCUGGGUUUGGGCCAAUGGCACUAUCCUGAUUUUGAACGGAAAGAGUCAUGCAAUGCUGGCCGAAGCCCAAAAGGACCUGAUGAACAAGAUGUUCGGGCGAGUGAACUUCAAGGCGUCUCCCUCCCACAAGCUCCUGCACCUGCGGCUUUUCUCCCACGCCCACUUUCCCUGGAAGAUUGACCUGGAGAAGUUUAGCAGGGACUGCGCCUACUUUUACAAACCUCUCCCCGGAGAGGUUGUCUUCGUGUACUACGUGGAAAAGUCACUGCCCGGAGUCGCAGCUCGGGUCUAUGAAAGCGGAAAGGUCGAAGUGUUUGCCAUGACCCCGACUUUGGCGGACAAAAUGAUGGAGAAACUGUAUGUCCUCACGGCCCGUCAUCGAAAGCCCGAAGCCAAGGCCACCUAUUCGGAUGCUACUCAGAACUAAAAAAAAAAGUAAAGGCUGCUAGACUCGCAAGCGAUUUAAAAUUAUUGUUCGUUAGCAAAAGUAAAUUGUA